AUGAGUAGUGAUAUUAGUUUAAAUUCGUCAUCAAAUCAUGUUGGAAAUAGUAAUAGUAAUAAUGGUGAACAUGGAGGUAUAGGUUCACCAUUCUCGUUGUCGUCGUCGUAUUCGGCGUUGUCAACAAAAUUUGAUGUUAGGAAGAGCGACUCUUCAUGGCCAACCUCGGCAGGUGCUUCGACAGGUUUGAACAGCUCUAGCAAUGCUUUGCUAUUGAACAGCAGUAUGAAUGGACGAUCGAUGAUGAGCAUGAGUAGCAGCAGUAUCGACAGUGGCAACUUUGACAAUGAAGACGAAAUCGAUAACAUCAAGAACAGCAACAAGCUACGUGCAGUGCAUUACAACUACUCGUCGAGUGGUAGUCUCUCUCACUACAGCUCACAGCAAUCGUAUACCUCGAAUUGCUUCAACUAUUGUGCGGUCAUCGACGAUCUCGCACUCGAAGUGAUCAUCCACAUCUUUAGAUUCCUCUCACCGUUCGACCUGAGACAGUGUGCCAGUGUUUGUAAAUUUUGGUCUAUUCUCUGCUCAUCCGAUGCUUUAUGGGAAGAGAAAUGUGUUUCACAAUGGGCUUGGAUGAGAUGUGUUUAUGAAGAGAAAUUAAAGUUUGGUGAAAAUAAAUCUUGGAAAGAUUUUUAUCGUUACUGGGCAACAGAAUAUCUAAAAUAUACAGGAUGGUAUCACUAUUCAUUGACGAGAGAGGAAGCAACAGCAAAACUACAGAAUAUGGCAAAAGGUACAUUUUUAAUUAGAAAGAGUUCCAAACCAAGUAAUCUUGUCAUUUCUUACAAUGUUCAUAGUAAGAAGCCUCAACAUUUAUUAUUAUAUGAUUUAGGUCCUCAUGUCGGUGUAUUUUUAAAUGAUGAAAUGGGUAAGAUCUAUCCUACCAUUUCAGCUUUAGUCAAAGAGAAAAAGAAGUUUUUAAAGCGACCGUACAGCAAUUGCAAUCGUUAUGAAAAGAAAGUACAAUCCAAACGAGAAUACAUCAAUUUAAUGAUAGAUAGUGUAAAAGAUAGACAAGGUAAAUCAAUCGAUGAUUUACAUCUAUUACAUUUAGCAUCAAAAUGGUGUUUUAAAGAUUUAAUAGAGUUACUUGUAUCAAAGGGUAUCAAUGUAAAUAAACCACAUCCAAAGAAUGGUAAAACACCAUUACACUAUUCAUUGUGUUUUAUUCAUGGAGAACCAAAUUCCGAUAUUAGAUUACAAAUCGUUGCAUUAUUGUUAUCAGAUAAAUGCGGAUCACAAGUUAAUUUAAUAGAUCAUAAAGGAAGAUCACCGCUACAUAUCGCAGUGAAACAACAUCAAUCCGAUUCCGUAAAGAUGGUCGAUCUAAUUUUGAGUCAUGGUGCCGAUGUCAUGUUGUCUCAGAACGAUGGUCUCCACCCCCUACACAUUGCAACCAAGGAGAACAAUCUGGCAAUGGUCAGAUUACUCCUAAAGCACAAAAACAUAAAUGUAAAUUGUAAAAUUAAUGUGACACCUCAAUCGAAACUCGAAGACAACCACGGCGAUACACCACUACACAUUGCAUCACACAGUUGUAUGUACCCAAUCGUCAAAGAACUCUUAGAGUUCAACGGUAUCGAUGUAAACAUCCUGGAUAACAAGAAAAGAUGUGCAUUACAUAGAUGUGUAUUAAGAAAUCAAGAUUGGCUGGGAAUGACAAGAUUUGCACCUGCACAGCAACUACAACAACAACAACAACAACAAUUCGAUACUCAACAACUAAACAAUGAAAGUAAUAAUAUUCAUUCAUAA